GUAACAUCAUAAUAUUCAACAUUUAACCCUAAUUAGUUCUCAACUUCAUACAUAAUGAACAAGACUAAAGAAACGAUCCGAGACUUCAUAGGCAAAGCCGGUCAUCAUGAUACUACCGUCCAUGAAUCAGUUGAUCCGGCUGUCACGCGUGAAACGGUUAAACCGACGGAGCACGAAGAUAUCAACACGGCCGUGAACAAGGAGAUACAUCAGGACCAUUUUCAUCGCACUGUGCAGCCCGUUCAUGACACAGAGGUCCUCCCCGAGCAGCACAAACACAAGAUCGGCAACGUCCAGCAUAGGGAAUUUGACCAUCGGGAUCACGAAGACGUCAAGAAGACGUUGGCGUCCGAGGGAGAAAAGUUCAAAGAUGAACGCAGGGUUAAGGAUACAGUCCAUACACAGGCCCAUGCCCCAGCGAUCGAAGGGGAGCGUGUUCACCAUCACAUACACGAGACCAUCCAGCCUGUCCUACACAAGGAAACUAUUCAGCCCAGUGUUGUACACACCACAGUUCCAAUCCAUGAGACUCACCACAACCCUGCACAACACCAUCAGACGACCUCUCUACCGCCAGUCAGCAUGGACCAGUACAAACAGUCAGGCGGCACUCUGAGCGGACAGAAAGAACGCUAUGAUGCUUUUGAAGGUGAGCCGCAGAGCAUCCGUGGGGCCGUUUCAUCCAUGCAUGACAAGAAGGAUUUCGGCCGCGAAGAUCAAUCCACCGGAGUGAUCCCUGGGAAAUUCGACCCUUCGAAUGAUAAAGGAAGGGAUCUUACACGGGAAACUGAGCAUACUCGUAAGAGUCACUCGGCGCAGGCCACAGAAUCCGGAGAAAAAGAGCAUCACAGUAUCUUGGAUAAGUUGAACCCCAUGACCAGUUCAAGCGGAGACGGGAAGCCUGGAUUCAUGAAAUGAGGAAGAAUUUAUCUAAAGUAGUCAUUUAGGUUUGUAGUAUGUAGGGACUAAAUUGAAUGAGAUUUGAUUCUUAAGAA